CCAGACUUUGCACACGACACAACCAUGAAGCAGCGAUUCUCCAGCUUGGACGUCAAGGUCAUUGCGCACGAGCUGUCCAAUGCGCUGACUUCGUUGCGCGUUACAAACGUCUACGAUCUCUCAUCGCGCAUUUUCCUCGUCAAAUUCCAUAAGCCAGACCACCGCGAACAACUGCUCAUCGAUUCUGGCUUCCGCUGCCACCUUACCGAAUAUGCGCGCACCACAGCAGCAGCGCCCUCGGGCUUCGUUGCGAAGCUGCGCAAAUACCUGAAGACGAGGAGAGUCACCUCCAUCUCCCAAGUCGGUACCGACCGCAUCCUCGAGUUCCAGUUCUCCGACGGCCUGUACAGACUAUACCUCGAGUUCUACGCCGGCGGCAACAUCGUUCUGACGGAUGGCGAUCUGCACAUUCUGGCUCUGCUGCGAAAUGUCGACGAGGGCGAAGAACACGAGAAGCUGAGGGUCGGACUGCAGUACAAUCUGUCCUUGCGACAGAACUACAGUGGCGUACCGGAGCUCACGAAAGAGCGCAUUCGCCAAGGCCUACAGAAGGCCGUCGACCGCCAGCAAGCGCAGCCGGAAGUGACCGGCAAGAAAGCGAAGAAGGCAGGAAAGGACGCGCUGAGGAAGGCGCUAGCGACCUCGAUCACCGAACUGCCUCCGCUGCUCGUCGAUCACGCGCUGCACGUUGCAAAGUACGACUCGACGCUGAAGCCGGAGCAAGUGCUUGCGAGCGAGGACCUGCUAGACCAGCUGUUGACCGUUCUCCGAGACGCCUUGAGGAUAACAAAAGAGAUCACUGAACCAGACCAGGUGAAGGGAUACAUCUUAGCGAAGCCCAGCCCUGCAGCACCGAGUGCGGAGGACGAAGGCUCUGGGAAGGGCAGGCAGCUGUACGACGAUUUCCAUCCGUUCCGUCCCGCACAGUUCGAGAACUCGGACCUUAGGUUCCUCGAAUUCGACACCUUUGGCAAGGCUGUUGAUGAGUUCUUUUCUUCGAUAGAGGGCCAAAAACUCGAGUCCAAACUACAAGAGCGCGAGGCGCACGCAAAGAAGAAGCUGGAGAAGGCGCGCAAAGAGCACGAGGAGCGCAUUGGUGGGCUGCAAAAAGCACAAGAGCUGGACUUCCGCAAGGCAGAAGCUAUUCUCGCAAACGUCCAUCGCGUCACCGAAGCUACAGACGCCAUCAACGGUCUGAUUACACAGGGCAUGGACUGGGUGGACAUUGGGCGUCUGAUUGAGCGAGAACAGUCUGCAGGGAAUGCCGUCGCACAGCUCAUCAAGCUUCCACUGAAGCUGCAGGAGAACACAAUCACCCUGCUUCUAGACGAGCACACCUGGACAGAAGGCCAGGACGAGGAAGACGAGGGCAACGAUACCAGCUCCGUAAGCGAAGACACCGACGACGAGGGCGACAAUCAAAAGAAGAGGCCUGCGCCUGUAAAGGUGACUGCACAGCCAAAGCUUUCAAUCGACAUCGACCUAGGUCUCUCUGCAUGGGCGAACUCUACGGAGUACUUUGAUUCGAAGAAGACAGCGGCCAGUAAAGAAGAGCGUACGCUGCAAGCAUCUGAACGAGCUCUGAAGAGCCACGAGAAAAAGGUUGCUGAAGAUCUCAAGAAGGGCCUGAAACAAGAGAAGGAAGUGCUGCGACCUGUGCGCAAACAGCAAUGGUUCGAGAAGUACAUCUACUUCAUCUCCUCAGAUGGGUACCUCGUGCUUGGUGGCAAGGACGCUCAGCAGAAUGAGAUCAUUUACCAAAGAUACCUGCGCAAGGGAGAUGUCUACGUUCACUCCGACCUCAAGGGCUCUAUCCCUAUGAUCAUCAAGAACAACCCAAACACCCCGGAUGCGCCGAUUCCGCCUUCGACACUAUCCCAGGCUGGCAAUUUGUCAGUCUGCACAUCAGACGCAUGGGACUCGAAGGCCGCCAUGCCGGCGUGGUGGGUCCUUGCCGAUGGUGUUACGAAGACUGGUCAGACUGGAGAGUUCUUGCCGCCCGGCAUCUUCAACAUCAAGGGCAAGAAGGAGUAUCUCCCACCAGCGCAGCUCAUUAUUGGCCUUGGCGUGAUGUUCGAGAUCAGCGAGGACAGCAAAGCUCGUCACCACAAGCACCGAGUCCAGGGCGGUGUUUUGGCGCCUACUACCGCAGAGGCAGAGGCAGAGGCAGAACUGGCACAAGAGAAGAAGACAGCCCAAGCUAACGAUGACGCGGACAGCGACGAUGAUGACGCUUUCCCGGAUGCAAAGAUGGCUUCUGACUCUGAGGAAGACUUUCCUGAUGCAAAGAUGGACGACUCGGAUGAGAGCGACGCUGAAUCUGAGACUGAAGCGCCUGCGAACCCACUCCAGUCGAAGACUGCAGACCAAAAAGCUGAAUCAGAAGAGGAAGAGGAAGAUGUUCCUUCGCCGCAGAGUGAGCCCGCCACUGCUGGUUCAGACGAGAACGCAAAGUCGCAAGACAAGGACAAGACAGAAGGCAAGUCCGGUAUUCGCCACCUAUCAGCACGAGAGCGUCGCCUUAUGAGGAAGGGCCAGUUGCCCGACGCCACACCCGGCUCAGCAGCUACGGAAGAGAACGAUGAUGAUGAUGAAGGUCACUCAGCCGGCGACGAAUCCAAGCCUGCUACCCGUGCCCCUGGCACCGUCACAUCACAAGCCACGAAGAACAGCUCAGCACCACUCCCCCGCGGCAAGCGCGGCAAAGCAAAGAAGCUAGCCACCAAAUACGCCGCCCAAGACGAAGAAGACCGCGCCCUCGCCAUGCGCCUUCUGGGCUCCAAAUCCGGCCAAGUAGCCGCCGAAACCGCGGCCAACGACGCACGCAAGAAAGAAGAAGAAGCCCUGGCCAACAAGCAGCGGCGCCGCGAACAACACCAGCGCGCCCAAGACAAGGGCAAAGCAGCCGAAGAAGCGCGCCGCGCCGCCCUCGAAAACGACGACGAAGGCGAAGAUGACGAGAGCCUCAAGAGCAACUUGCUAAAUUUUGAUGCUUUUACCGGACGGCCGUUGCCAGGCGACACGAUUCUAAGCGCGAUCCCCGUCGCAGCGCCCUGGGCCGCGCUCGCAAGCUACAAAUACAAAGCCAAGAUCCAGCCCGGAUCUACCAAGCGCGGAAAAGCCGUCAAGGAAGUACUCUCUAUCUGGGACAACGCAGGGAAAGACGCGAAAGCGACGGAUAAGCACAGUCAAGACGUUGAGAGGAUCUGGCCAAGGGAGAUUGACUUGAUUCGCGGGUGGAAGGAACCAGAGGUUGUGAGUGUGUUGCCCGUCGCAAAGGUUAGGGUUAUGAUUGCGGGAGGUAGACGGGGGGCAGCGGCGGCGAAGGGAAAGAAGAGUGCGAGGGGUGGGCGGGGGAGUAAGAAGAGUAAGUGA